AUGGCAGCAGCACCAUCAUAUGCCCGCAUUCCCAUCAUCAUCAUCGUCCUACUUCUAGCACUCUCGGCCACAUCUGCUUCUUCAUUCUCUCCGAGUCCGGCCAACGGCAGCGACACAGACCUUGGGGCGUUGCUGGCUUUCAAAGCCCUGCUCGCCGACCCUCAUGAUGUCCUUGCCGGCAACUGGACCGGCACGUCUUUCUGCCACUGGAUCGGCGUCUCGUGCAGCCGCCGCCGGCAGCGCGUCACUGCUCUAUCGUUGUUGGACACACCUCUUGCUGGACCUAUUGCUCCCCACCUUGGUAAUCGCUCUUUCCUUUCCACCCUUAAUCUCACCGGCACCAACCUUACGGGCUCCAUCCCUCCGGAGCUUGGCAGGCUACGCCAUCUUCGAUAUCUUUCUCUUCGAGAAAAUAGCCUGUCGGAUGCCAUUCCUAUUGCCCUAGGGAACCUCACAAGGCUCGAGGUCCUUAGUCUGAGUUUUAACCAACUAUCGGGUCAGAUCCCCCAUAAGGUGUUUGUUCGUUUGAAGAAACUUGAGAGGAUUUCUUUGACUCAAAAUGACUUGAACGGCCAAAUACCCCCGUAUUUAUUCAAUAGCACGCCUUCCUUAAAGUACAGAUACUUUGGUAGCAACGGACUCUCGGGAAUGAUCCCUCCUGAGAUGCUACUACGUUCAAACAGCCUUAGAGAAAUUGACCUGGGUGGAAAUGGUUUGAGUGGCCAAAUACCACCCCAUCUAUUCAAUAACACGCCUUCCUUAAGGGCCAUCUACUUUAACGACAACAGCCUCUCGAGCCAGAUUCCUGCUGAGAUGUUGUUGCAUGUGCACAAACUGGAUAGCAUUGGCCUGAGUAAUACUUACUUGAGUGGACAAAUACCACCCUAUUUGUGCAAUAGCACCCCGUUCUUGAUGUUCAUCAACUCAGCAACCAAUAACUUAUCAGGUCCCAUACCACACGGCAUUGCCUCCCUAUCCAAACUUUAA